CUCCCUCUUCUUCUUCGGAGGAUUUAGUAUUCGGUUUGCGAACCAUAGCUGCUCGAGAGAAGCUUUCUCUGUAACUGAGCUUUGACUUCGAGAAUACUAAGCAUGGAUGAUAGCUUGUAUGAUGAAUUUGGAAACUACAUAGGACCAGAAAUUGAGUCGGACAAGGAUAGUGACAUAGAAGAUGAAGAUGAAGACCUUAUGGAGAAGCCUGACAAAGAUGAAGGUGCAUCAGAUGGUGAAGAUGUAAUUGGUGCUUCAAAUGGUUGGAUUACAACGUCUAAUGAUGUUGGUAUGGACAACCAGAUUGUCCUUGCUGAGGACAAAAAGUAUUAUCCAACUGCAGAAGAGGUUUAUGGCGAUGAUGUUGAAACAUUGGUUAUGGAUGAAGAUGAACUACCUCUAGAACAACCAAUUAUUAAGCCUGUUAGAAAUAUAAAGUUUGAGGUUGGGGUGAAAGAUUCUAGGACGUAUGUUUCAAACCAAUUUCUGGUAGGUCUCAUGUCCAAUCCAUCUUUGGUCCGCAACGUUGCACUUGUAGGCCACUUGCAUCAUGGAAAGACUGUCUUCAUGGAUAUGUUGGUCGAGCAAACACAUCACAUGUCAACAUUCGAUAUUAAAGGAGAGAAACAUCUGAGGUACACGGAUACGAGGAUUGAUGAGCAGGAGAGAGGAAUAUCGAUUAAGGCAGUUCCUAUGUCACUAGUGCUCGAGGAUGGCAAUUCGAAAUCAUACCUUUGCAAUAUAAUGGACACCCCUGGCCAUACAAAUUUUUCUGAUGAAAUGACUGCUGCUCUUAGGCUUGCUGAUGGUGCAGUAUUGAUUGUAGAUGCUGCUGAGGGAGUAAUGGUCAAUACAGAGAGGGCUAUACGCCAUGCAAUUCAAGAGCGAUUGCCCAUUGUUGUUGUAAUUAAUAAGGUUGACAGGUUGAUUACAGAGCUCAAAUUGCCCCCAAGGGAUGCUUACUAUAAAUUAAGGCAUACGCUAGAGGUUAUUAAUAACCAUAUAACUGCUGCUUCGUCUACUGCUGGAAAUGUCCAAGUUAUCGACCCAGCAGCUGGAAAUGUGUGUUUUGCAAGUGCUACAGCAGGAUGGUCGUUUACUUUGCAAUCAUUUGCAAAAUUAUAUGUGAAACUCCAUGGAAUCCCAUUUGAUGCUGAUAGGUUUGCAUCUCGUCUUUGGGGAGAUUAUUAUUAUCAUUCUGAUAGCCGAGGUUUUAAGAAAAAACAGCCUGCAAGUGGAGGGGAAAGGUCAUUUGUCCAAUUUGUACUAGAGCCGCUAUACAAAAUAUAUAGUCAGGUUAUUGGCGAACAUAGGAAAAGUGUUGAGACAACUCUUGCAGAGCUUGGCGUUACUCUUAGCAAUGCAGCUUACAAGUUGAAUGUCAGGCCAUUGCUGAGACUGGCUUGUAGUUCAGUUUUCGGUGGAGCUUCAGGAUUCACUGACAUGCUUGUUAAGCACAUACCUUCUCCCAGAGAUGCUUCUUCUCGGAAGGUUGAUCAAAUUUAUACUGGGCCUAAAGACUCUGUGAUUUACAAAGCAAUGAAAGAGUGUGAUCCUUCUGGGCCUUUAAUGGUGAAUGUGACUAAACUGUAUCCCAAGUCAGACUGCAGUGUUUUUGAUGCGUUUGGAAGGGUUUAUAGUGGUAAGAUUCAAACAGGACAGGCGGUACGGGUGUUGGGUGAAGGCUAUUCACCAGAGGAUGAGGAAGAUAUGACCAUAAAGGAAGUGACAAAACUAUGGCUUUACCAAGCUCGAGACAGGGUUCCCGUUGCGGAGGCUCCUCCGGGAUCUUGGGUUCUCAUUGAAGGAGUGGAUGCAUCUAUUAUGAAAACUGCAACUCUGUCUAAUGUAGAUUAUGAUGAGGAUGUCUACAUUUUCCGACCACUUCAAUUCAAUACUCUUCCAGUGGUGAAAACAGCUACAGAGCCUCUAAAUCCAAGUGAGUUACCAAAGAUGGUGGAGGGUCUUCGGAAGAUCAGCAAAAGCUAUCCUCUGGCAAUCACCAAAGUUGAGGAAUCUGGUGAGCAUACCAUUUUAGGUACUGGAGAGCUGUACUUGGAUUCAAUUAUGAAGGAUCUUAGAGAGCUCUAUUCUGAAGUAGAAGUCAAGGUAGCCGAUCCUGUUGUCUCAUUUUGUGAAACAGUUGUAGAGUCUUCCUCAAUGAAAUGCUUUGCUGAGACUCCUAACAAGAAGAAUAAAAUAACCAUGAUUGCCGAGCCAUUGGAGAGAGGUCUUGCUGAAGACAUUGAGAAUGGUGUAGUAAGCCUUGAUUGGUCUAGAAAGAAACUCGGAGAUUUCUUCCAGACAAAGUAUGAGUGGGAUUUGCUUGCUGCAAGAUCCAUAUGGGCAUUUGGCCCAGAUAAGCAGGGACCUAACAUUCUAUUAGAUGACACACUCUCUUCUGAGGUAGACAAGAAUUUGUUGAAUGCCGUCAAGGAUUCCAUCGUCCAAGGGUUUCAAUGGGGUGCUAGAGAAGGACCACUUUGUGAUGAACCCAUUAGAAAUGUAAAGUUCAAAAUUGUAGAUGCAAGAAUUGCACCUGAGCCAUUGCAUCGUGGGUCUGGUCAGAUCAUUCCCACAGCUCGACGUGUGGCCUAUUCAUCUUUUCUUAUGGCAACCCCACGGCUUAUGGAACCAGUAUACUACAUCGAGAUACAAACACCGAUUGAUUGUGUCUCUGCAAUCUAUACUGUCCUAUCUCGAAGGCGUGGACAUGUUACUGCUGAUGUUGCUCAACCAGGGACUCCAUCUUACAUCGUCAAGGCAUUUUUACCUGUUAUAGAAUCUUUUGGCUUUGAGACGGACUUGCGGUAUCAUACGCAAGGCCAAGCUUUCUGUCUCUCUGUGUUUGACCAUUGGGCCAUCGUUCCUGGUGAUCCACUUGACAAGAGCAUUGUUUUACGGCCUCUCGAGCCAGCACCGAUUCAACAUCUUGCUCGUGAAUUCAUGGUGAAGACAAGGCGUAGAAAGGGAAUGAGCGAGGAUGUAAGCAUAAACAAAUUCUUCGACGAGGCCAUGAUGGUUGAGUUGGCUCAGCAAGCGGCCGAUCUUCAUCAACAAAUGAUGUAAUUGAAGCUCAGGUUGGUUGAUGCAGUCAAAGAAUAUUGUCCCAGUUGUAGUUUUGGUUGUUUGCCUGAUUUGUUGGUGAACCGAAGUGUUGUACUUGUACCAUAGUUUUUUCUCUUCACUUUUUCUCCACCAUCCUCCCUUGAAACACCCCUCAUUUAUAUUAGGAGGGAGGCAGGGCUGAGAUUUGCUAAUUUCUAGGGGAUGUUGAAGCUGAAUACAUGUCCAUGUUUUAGGAAUUUUUACAUUGAUAACCUUGUAAUGCGAAAUCAGGAAACAAGUUGCAGUUGAAAGGAAAGAAUGAGAACUAAUCUUCCUUAUUCUUGAA